GCUGCCAGCCCUGGCCCAUCAUGUAGCUGCAGCACAGCCUUCCCUACCAUUGCAAUUGGAAAAAAUCACUUUCCAAUCUGUUUUGCAAGGUGUGCAUUUCCACUUUGAUUUCCUGAAAGAUCAUCUGCUGCAUCGAUCAAGAAAAACUUCACUUGCAUGAAGACUGCGCGUCUGCAGCUUGAAUCUUUAUUGCAAAACUAGCUACAGAAGAGAGGCAAGGCAAAGUCUUUUGUGCUCCCCUCCCCCAUCAAAGGAAAGGGGAAAAUGUCUCAGUCAAAAGGCAGGAAACGGAAUCCUGGGCUGAAGAUUCCAAAAGAAGCAUUUGAACAGCCUCAGACCAGUUCAGCACCUCCUCGGGAUUUAGAUUCCAAGGCUUGCAUCUCAAUUGGCGAUAAGAAUUUCGAAGUGAAAGCUGAUGACCUGGAGCCUAUAGCAGAAUUGGGAAGAGGUGCAUAUGGGGUGGUGGAGAAGAUGCGACACAUGCCUAGUGGGCAGAUCAUGGCAGUGAAGCGAAUCCGAGCAACUGUGAAUAGCCAGGAACAGAAGAGGUUACUCAUGGACCUGGAUAUCUCCAUGAGAACAGUGGAUUGCCCCUUCACAGUCACCUUUUAUGGUGCACUCUUUCGGGAGGGUGAUGUGUGGAUCUGUAUGGAACUCAUGGAUACCUCACUGGACAAGUUCUACAAACAAGUCAUCGAUAAGGGCCUAACGAUCCCAGAGGAUAUCUUAGGAAAAAUUGCGGUUUCUAUUGUAAAAGCCCUAGAACAUUUACACAGUAAACUUUCUGUCAUUCAUCGAGAUGUCAAGCCAUCUAACGUGUUGAUCAAUACACUGGGCCAAGUGAAGAUGUGUGACUUUGGUAUUAGUGGUUAUCUUGUGGAUUCUGUGGCCAAAACUAUGGAUGCAGGAUGCAAACCUUACAUGGCUCCUGAAAGAAUAAACCCAGAGCUAAAUCAGAAGGGAUACAAUGUGAAAUCUGAUAUUUGGAGUCUGGGCAUCACAAUGAUUGAAUUGGCAAUCCUUCGGUUCCCCUAUGAUUCCUGGGGGACACCAUUUCAGCAACUCAAACAGGUAGUGGAAGAACCAUCACCUCAACUACCAUCAGACAAGUUCUCAGCAGAGUUUGUUGACUUUACCUCACAGUGCUUGAAGAAGAAUUCCAAAGAACGGCCAACGUACGCAGAACUUAUGCAACAUCAGUUUUUCACUCUGCAUGAAUCCAAAGCAACAGAUGCAGCAUCUUUUGUAAAACUGAUUCUUGGAGACUAAAAACCAUUGGACUCAAUCACUUGGCCCUCCUGUGGAUUGGUGGGUUUAGGGGAUGGAGCUUCUUCACUAAAGCAUCAAUAGAAACUUGGCAUUCAGAUGAUGCUGACGCUUAUUUUUUUAACCCUGCCUCUCAAAAGGUUGUUUGUUUAUUUUGUUGUUGUUGUUGUUUAUUUUUUUUCCCAAAGGGGUCUUGGAAUCCAUAGUGUAUAGAAUGAACUGUUUAGUCAGAUGAAAUAUAAUAAGGCUCAGACUUUACAACUUUGAACAGGCGAUUAAAUAUUUAAUGACAUGUCACAAGACUCCUUAACCUUUUCAGCCUUUUCCUGUUCCUCUCCAAGGAGAAUACAUUUGUCUGGGUUAAUAGGUGCUAUGGUAGUUAUGAAGUCCUAUAUAGAUUAUAUUUUGUUCUUCCUAUUGUUUUAGUAUUUAUGCUUGAUUUGAAUAGAUUUUGUUUUAUAUGAGGGAGACCUUAUGAAAGAGGAGGCUGUGAUGUCAAUAUUCAUAAGGCUUUACAAGGAAAAAAGUAAAGAACUUUUGGGCUCUAAAAGGAACAAUUUAAUAUGCAUCCUUAAGAACUUCAAUUAACAACAUUUUCUUCCCAAGAGCCUAUUCCAACUGCUGCUGCUGCUGCUACCAUCUUCCCAAAUACCUUAUCCAAUACUGGGUGUUCAUUAACUAUUCUGUGUGAUGUGGUAAAGUAUCCCAGUACUACUUUGUCUAGUUUUGGAAGAAGUAAAAUCAAUUUAUCGUGGCUCAAAGUGGAGACAUAGCUUGCUUCUCAUGGCAUUUAUGACACUUUUAACUUGAGUGUGAUAUAUAUCUACCCUCCUACAGAAGGAGGGCAUAUGUGUAUGUGUGUGUAUGUGUGUGUAUAUUUGUUUUUGGUAGGCAGUGAGCCUUGCCAAGUAUCUUCUAUUUAUAUUAUUCUGUGUUCAGUAAGAAUGAUUGCUUAUCAGUGUUGUCUUGGGAGCUGGAGAGGGAUGUUAUAUAUCCAACCAAUCAGGGAACUGGUGCCUUCUUCUGGUUCUAUCUGUUCUGAAAUGUGUAGGCCACAAAUGUUAUUUCUUUGUCAUUGUGGCUAAUGGAGUGUUUAUUAUUCUUCUCAACCUCUGCUCAAAUGAAGGAAUCUCACCUUUAAUUAUUUAUCUUCUAAGUAGAAGGGCUCUAUCAGGAAAAAUUUUGGGAUAGGUUGUUGUUCCUUGAAUAAGAUGAGGAGAAUCAGGGAGAGAAGUUAGUACUGUCAUGCUGACUCCAAGUUUUUGUAGCCUGCAAACAGGAUGAAGCCUCCCACUGAUAAUACACAGUCACUGGACACAGGAAAGUUCCAUUGGAACUCUCAGGAGGGUACACUAUCUGAUUCUUUCCUGUGGCUGCCUCUGGAUCUAAGUUCUGUAAUGAUGGACUCUGGGUGAUCAUAAAACCAAGGAGUGCCAAAGCUUCCAAAUAAUUUUUGGAUCUACUAUAACAUUGGAACUCCUUUUGGAUUGGAAAGAAUUCUUACCCAAAGCAUCCUCCUAAAGUAUGAGGACAUCUGAAGUAUGAAGAGGGUUGAUCACAAUUUCUCACAAUGUGGGUCAUCACCUAAACACUAGGAAGCAAUGAUUUGCUCUACUAUGCAUUUGGAAAUGGAAGUACAACCAAAUCUUUUUUUGUUUUUAUUGCCACUGUUUCUUUGGUCUCCUUCACUGUUACCUUUUAAGUGCAUUAGUGCUUGAUGCAUGCAAAUGCCAUGCUUCUUUGUGUCUACUUCACAUGAAAGAGUAUCUCUAUUUCCUACUAUUCUUAUUGCAUCUGUACUGAAAUUGUCACCAAUAUACUUGUCCAGCUUUGGAAAAGGAGGAUUGAGCCAAUGGACAUAUAAAUGUGCUUUUUUUCAUCUUGCUCUGUCUCCCCAAAUUGAGAAGUUAUUUCUGUGAUAGCCUGAGAAGAUGUAAGGAGAAAAAAGCCAAAAAAUUACAAUACACUCAGAUUUGCAUGUUUUUAUUUA